GGUUCACGAACAUGUCCGGAGGGUUUGAUGCCUGAUGAUCCUUUUUCAGCCUCCACGCGACUUGUGCUGAGGAUGAGGGGAUGAGGGAAUGAGCUCCUACUUUAGAUUGCCUUUCGAUCCAGCCACCCUGAUUCCAUGCACGAGUUCGUCGCACCAGUCAGCCACCCGCGUCCCAAAUCUGGCAUCCAAUGCAUCUUAAAUGCCGCGCAAGAAGAUCUUUACAAACACGCCCCGGGUCCAAGAAGAGGCGCUGCGGCGAAUCUCAUGGUGGAGUUGCCCCAGAACUUCGACGUCCGCAUCAUCGGCGCGGAGGACUCGUCGGACUGCAAUCUCAGCCUGCACUUCCAAGAGAUCGCCGACUUCAUUGAGGCCGGCCGCGCCAAGGGCGGCGUGGUAGUGCACUGCGCCGCCGGGAUCUCUCGUGCCUCCACGAGCUGCAUGGCGUACAUGAUGAUGAAAGAGCACUGGAGCCUGGAUGCCGCCUUCCGGAAGGUCCACGCCGUGAGGAACAUCGUGCAUCCCAACGACGGCUUUUGGCGCCAGUUGAGGGACUUGGAGGCCUCCCUGAAAGCCAGUGGCGUCGAGCUCCGGAGCUUGCCAGAGGACUGGUGUCCUCCUGAGCAGCCGAGCCGCCCCGAGGACGAGAAGGGGGAGGUUCGGAAUUUCUCCUCCAGCCGUUCGGAGACCAUGGAGAUGCUGGCGUCACUGGAACAGGACAUCACCACAACCAGAUCCUUCAUCACGCACUUCUUGACUGCCCGGAUUGUGCCGAAGGCAGGUGUCAAGGCGCAGGAGGUGCAGCAGGCGUUGCUGAAGCUCGAGUCGCCGGGGGUCAGGGUGGAGGAAUGCGAUGUGCAGUCGCCCGAGGCAGUCCUGUUGCGUGCUGGCUUGGUGCAUUCCAUGACGCACUCAGCCUUUCUGAAGCUGCUGGAGGGCGUGCAUGGGGUCCAGGGUGCCGAGGUGGAAUGAGGCCACCUUGCCAUCCGACCUGGCGCUCCUUCAGCGGCCAGCGCUCCUUCAGCUGCAGAAGCCGGCGCUGGCUUCGGCGCUUCUGAGGUCGAUGAACCGGUUGAGGGCCGUAGAAAGCAGAGCGCCACCCUGUUC